AUGGAUUCCUUCGUGUCAAAUCCGGCCAACGAGAGCCACCCGAUUUUCCCGCCAGCGGCGUUUGCGACGCUUCACUUUUUGAGGUCGCGCGGCGCCGACGGCACGGCGCGGGGGGAACGCGACAGGGCAGUUACUCGAGUCGACGCCCGCGAGAUGACGCCCACGGGUGAUCUCGAGUACACCGUCAAGACGCUUCCGGCGUCCGCGGAGGAGAUCGCGCGGUGCGGGACGCUACGACGCCGCGUGCACGAGUGGCUCGCGUCUCCCGAUCGCGCUGGAAAGCACGAGGACGACCCGGAGCUCGACGAGAUACUGGACCCGUCGGGCGACGCCUGGAUCCGAUUCCUCCGCGCCAGGAACGGUAACAUCGACAAAGCGUUCAAGAUGAUGUCCAACCACCUCGCGUGGCGGUGCGACUACCGCCCGUGGACCAUCACGCCCGCGGAGAUCGAGCAUCAGAACGUGACCGGUAAGGUUCGCAUGGGGGGGCUGGACUCCAGGGACGGGCGCCCGGUGCUCGUGUUCGACGACAGCAAGGAGAACAGCAAGGACCACGCUAUGCAGCUCCGGUCGCUGGUGUAUCACGUGUGCCGCGUCGAUCGCGCGUGCAGGCGGAACCCCAACCUCGGCAAGUACCUGCUCUUCAUCCACCUCCGCGACUUCAAGCUCUCCAAAGCUCCGGGACGGAAGCAAUCCACGAACACGCUGUCGCUGCUCCAGGACCAGUUCCCCGAACGCUUGGGGCGGGCCAUCCUGUACAAACCACCCACGGUGUUCGCCGCGAUGCUGUCCAUGGUCAAGCCGUUCAUGACGGAGGUUACGCGCAACAAGAUCAUCGCCGUGACCGGAAACGUCGACGCGGGAUCCAAAAACGAUUCAAAGAUGCGCGGCAUCGCGGGCGACGACUGGCGGGAGCUCACCGGCGCCACGAUGCCCCAGUCCUCCCCGGAGAUCUCCCCGGGGUACGAUCACGCGCGCGCGUGGGCGGAGGUUGUGAGAGAGCACGCGGAGGAGGAGGAGCGGCGCCGGGCGUGGGCGGAGUCGCGCGCCGGGCGUGGUCGGAGUCAUCACGAGUUUGCGCGAAGCGAUUCGGUGUCGAGCAUGGACGUGUCCAACAAGGCUGCCGUCGUGGGCGGGCCGGCCGGGGGCAAGAAGAAGUCAAAGCUGGCGCCUGAGGAGCCGGGGAGCAGGCGGACCUCGCACGACGGCUCCGUGGACGUCUUCUUCGACGCGAAGGAGACCAUCAAACCCGUAAAAUCCAAGAGCUGGUUCGGGUUUUGA